AUGGCUUCCCUUUUCACUAAGUUGCUCCUCCUUCUCUUUCUCUGGUAUUCUCUCACUUGUCUCUCUUCUAGUGUUCCUAAUGGGUAUUCCAUUUUGAACCAAGAUCUUGACAAGUACAAUUCUAAGAGACAAGUCUUCCGUCUAUUCCAAGAGUGGAAGAAGGAGACUGGACGAGAAUACCAAACCCUAGAAGAGGAGAAAAUGAGAUUUCAGAUUUUCAAAAACAAUUUGAAGCAUAUCAAAGAGAAAAAUGCAAAAAGAAAGUCAUCCGAUGACUAUAGUUUAGGUUUGAACCAGUUCUCAGAUAUGAGUUAUGAAGAGUUCAGCAGAAUCUACUUACAUGAGACAGAGGAGCCCAUAACUGAAAGCAACAAGGGAAGAAUGGCGUCGAAUGAAGAAUCGUGUCCCAACGCACCUUCUUCCUUGGAUUGGAGGUUGAAAGGAGCUGUAACUUAUGUUAAGGACCAAGGCUCAUGUGGUAGCUGUUGGGCAUUCUCUGCAGCUGGAGCCAUAGAAGGAAUAACUCAAAUAGUCACACAAAAUCUUACAUCACUUUCUGAACAACAACUCAUGUCUUGUGAUGAGACUAAUGGUGGUUGCCGAUCAGGAGGGUGGCACUAUAGGGCAUUGGAUUAUGUCAAGAGAAAUGGUAUUGCCACUGAAAGUGAUUACCCAUACACGGAAGACGAUAGUCCAUGCAAUUCCACUAAGGAACAAAUGACAUUUGCUACUAUUGAUGACUAUAGUUAUUGGUGGGGGACACCUAUAUCAGAAGAUUCUCUCUUUUGUCACGUUGUCAAUCAACCCGUUAGUGUUUCCAUAUAUGCAAGCUCAGAUUUUAUGUCCUACACAAGUGGAAUCUUUAGCGGGGACGAUUGCACAAGCAUUUUUUCAUCAUGUUCUCAUAAUCAUGCUGUGUUAAUCGUCGGAUAUGGUUCGUCAAGUACGGGUCAAGAUUACUGGAUUGUGAAAAACUCAUGGGGAUCCACUUGGGGACAGUCUGGUUACAUCUUGGUCAAGAGGAACACUGGUACUACUCAUGGAGUGUGUAACAUAAAUUGCUCUGGUUCUUUCCCAAUUAAAGACACACCAGAUUUCAAGCUUGCUGCCUCCAUAUGAAGACCAGUAGUAGUAAAUAAAGCCAUGCAAUAUAUAGUCAUGUGCUGGACAUCUUGAGCCUUUGCACACUAUAUAUGUGUAUUAGGCAUGAAUAAAUGGCAAAUGAUUUGCCUUUAAAUGAAGCUUAUG